ACAGCAGGCAGACAGGCAAACAGGCAGCAAGGGCGCUCCAGCUCCAGCUCACAGCCCCUAGCUACAGAUUCUGGAUACUGGGGGGAUAUCGAACACGGAAUCCGGAGCUGAGGAUUAUUCGGUGCUUUCACACACACAUACACCUCGACUCGCUUCAUGAUAUGAAAUUAUAAUUUCAGGAUCUAUCGGUUAACUGAGCCACAAUGAGAACAGCAGAAGACUCAUCAGGUACAGUCCUCCACAGACUGAUCCAAGAGCAGCUGCGUUAUGGGAAUCUUACAGAUAACCGCACACUGCUGGCUAUCCAGCAACAGGCAAUGAGGGGAGGGAUGGGCAGCCCUCGCUCCUCUUUGGAGAGCCUCACUCAGGAGGAGUGUCAAAUUGUACAGCAUUCCACACGGCAGGAACCGCAGGGACAAGAGCAUCAGGGCGACCACACACAUUCGGAAAACUUGCUGCAUCGCCUGCACCAACUUCAGUUCAAUGGAGAAGAACUUCCUUCCUAUGAAGAAGCCAAAGCCCAGUCUCAGUUCCUGGCAGUGCAGAGGAACCAGCAGGCUGGGGGUAUGGGGUCUUACAUGGUUUCUGGAACAAACCAGAAUGCCUCCACUGAAGACAAGUCAGUGACACAUGAUGUUUGUCCAGACCAUGGCCUUCAUGAUGAUGUCCUCAAGGAGUUGAAACAUGGGCAUGUGCGGUCUCUCAGCGAGAGACUCAUGCAGCUUUCUCUGGAGAGGAAUGGAGCCAAAGGCCAGAUGACAAUGAGCUCCUCACAGAGUUUCCCUCAGCUAUCCAAGCAUCAGAAGCAGCCAGUUCUUCCAGGGUAUCAAGUGCCCUGUCACUCCACAGAACCUCGUGGCCCUCCCCCAGAAUACCCUUUCCAUGUGAAGUCAGCAGCUCCUAUGCUCAGCCAUUCCCAGCAGCAUGGCUACUUUUACAAUGAAUCUGCUGUGCCAUACUUCAACUGUCAGCAGGAGGUGCCUGGUGGCUUUGGGUACUGCAACCAAAUACAAGCAGACAGGAUGAGUCAAGCUCAAACUCUGCACCCUGCCCAGCAGCAGAGACACAGCCUCCUGUCCUCUCCAACCUCUUCACAAAUGGAAGCAGUGAUGGUUCCUGAGGAGCCUCAUGGCAGCAGCCAGAUGGUGACAGUUGAUCAUGUGGCACUCAUAAACCGUGCCCAGCAAAUGGUUGAGAUGCUGUUGAAGGAGAAUGAAAACCUGAGGAAGGAACUUGAUGGCCACAAUGAAAAAUCGGCUAAAAUCCAAAAGCUCGAGAGAGAGAUCCAGCGAAUUUCUGAAGCCUAUGACAACCUAAUGAAGGCAUCUUCCAAACGGGAGGCACUGGAAAAAACAAUGAGAAACAAAAUGGAAGGAGAGAUCAGGAGGCUUCACGACUUCAAUCGUGAUCUGAAAGAAAAGCUGGACUCUGCCAAUAAACUGUUGACCAGCAAAGAAUGUGUGAUCUCAGAAGAUGGACAAAGCAUUGUCAGCAGGCUGAUUACUCAAAAUCGAGAACAACAGCAAGAAAAGGAGCAGCUUCGAAGGGAACUAACCCUGUCUCGCAACAGGAGUGAAGAGCAGCACAAACAAAUGGAGCUUCUUGACCAGGCGCUCAACAGUACACAGUCCAAAGUAGUACGGCUGGAAGACGAGCUUCGGAAGAAAAGAGCUUAUGUAGAAAAGGUCGAGAAACUGCAGCAUGCGCUGACUCAGCUACAGGCAGCAUGUGAGAAACGAGAACAGCUCGAACUGCGACUGAGGAACCGAUUGGAGCAGGAGUUAAAGAGUCUGCGAACACAACAGCGUCAGGCAAUGAUCCAGAAUCCCGGAACCUCGGAAUACAGUGCUCCAGCACUGAUGGAGCUGCUCCGGGAGAAAGAAGAGCGAAUCCUAGCUCUGGAAGCUGAUAUGACCAAAUGGGAACAGAAGUAUCUGGAAGAGAGUACCAUGCGGCAGUUUGCAAUGGAUGCAGCUGCCACUGCAGCUACCCAGAGAGACACCACGAUCAUCAAUCACUCACCUCGUCAUUCCCCCAACAGUAGCUUCAAUGAUGGCUCCUUUGGGAAGCAUGUUUACUAUGAGAAUGGAGAGGUAAUCGUGAGCAGUCAUCGUCAUCAAGAGAUGGAGAGCAGGAUUAAAGCCUUGCACGCACAAAUCCUGGAGAAGGAUGCCAUCAUCAAGGUCCUCCAGCAGCGCUCGAGAAGGGACCAGGUAAAAGCCGAACAGCCUGCUCUCCGGCCUGCAAGAUCAGUUCCAUCCAUCACAAUGGCCAGUUCCAUUAACCAAGUGAGCAAUGAGAAGUUCCUCGACAAAGCAACGAGAGGCACAACAGGUGCUUUGAACAAAAGCCUCGCAGAGGAUCAGGCAGCCUCUUUCACAUCACAUCCUGUGACAUCCCACGCCAAACAUGGGAGCAGAGACGGCAGCACGCAGACUGAGAAACUAGCAGAGAUUGAGCCUGCAGCCUCAGCCCAGGGAAACUCACAGAACAGUGAGGCUGCAGUCAGCUUGCGGGUCAUCAAACCUCCAGCGGCUUCAUCAGAUACUUCUCAGCCAGUGGCUCAGAUGGUCCCCAGCAAUACCAGGAACCAAGAACCUUCAGACAGUGAAAUGGUUGAAAUUCUUAUCUGAAAAAUACUCUUGUGGCAGGAAACGAAGGACUUCUGUGAAACAUAAACAUCUCCUUCUUUACAAAGCCUUUUUCUCCCCUCUACCCAGAUGUCUAAACAACAGAAACAAGAAGAAAAUUGAGAGUUCAAUUCCCAAAAGAUUUUGAGAUGGAACUUUAUGUUUGGGGAAAAGCAGGGGAGAUGUAGCCUAAGUGACCAUAUCCAUAAGCUGCUAUAAAGACUUGUACACAUGGGAAGAGCUGAGCUAUUCUUUGUGCCAAGUGUGUACCACUCAUGAACCUAACUCAAACUAUUCAAACUGCUGUGAAGCUGAAUUCUGUGAUGGACAAGAAGGUCUCGUAGGAGGUGUCAGUAUUUUUCACACAACUGCCAAGCAUAAAAGCUUCACAGCAGCAUAAAUAUAUAUAAAUACAAAUACAUAGCACUAGACGGUGCUGUGCAUAAUAUAUACUGUACAUAAUGCUAUAAAUCCAACCUUUUUAGCACCUUUUUCGUUUCGGCUUUAGACUCUGUGUAAUCCUUUGCUGUUGCUAAAACAUCUUUUAAAAACUAACUUCAGUUUCCUGCUGGCAGCAGACACUUUGCCCAGAUAUAUGUUUUCUAUUUUCUAAUGUUGUCAACAUAUUCCAUGGAACUAUUGCUCAAUAUUGUUAUAUUUGGAGUGCAUAAAUUCCGUCUUAAUUUGAACAGCUCCCAAGAUUUCCAUUUGUGACUGGGAGAUUCUUGCAUUCAGUUUUUACUGGACAUGAAUCAUAGCAGCUUUUUCAGGCGGUAUACACUGUCUGUGACAGAACGGAUUGCUGCUGUAUCUCAACACUGUCACAAUCAGGCUUCAUUGGGUAGCCUUCCACAAAGGGAGGACCGCCGCAACUGAGCAUCUGUUGGGCAAGCAUUCUGCCUGCGGCGAUUUGUGUGUGUGCAACAGGGCGGCAUCACUCAGUGAUACAGUCUACACUUUCCUCAAUAAGGCAAACCUUCUUAAAAGAGAAAAAUGAAAUGGCUGCUGCCAAAUGAUGCCAUCUGCAAGGGCCUCCACAAUAACUGCAAGCUGGUUUCAUGCCAAGCUUCGCAUAGAACUGACUUUGCUUUGUAAACUCUCCAAAGAUGCACCUUAACUGCCAAUGCAUGUUCCCAACAACAUGAAACCGUUUGUCAGUGAGGGUUUCCUCCAGUUCAGUGAGCAGGAUCAGAGCCACUGUAUUUACAUCUCACCUUCAGCUUCCAUCAUACCUCUGCAAUAAGAUAUAAACAGUUAUUUCAAAGCACCAUAAUGGGAACAUGUCAGGACACAGAUUGCCCCACACUCCUUUUAAUCAAACAAAAUGCUGUUGGGUGUUUGACCAUCUGUUUCUCAAAUAUUCCUGUACCAGUACAACAAUGGAGAUGUGUCCUAGUCUGCCUGCCCUGAUUGUUUUAGAGAAACACUGCUUCUUACAGUGGGAGAUCCCAGCCUGAGGUUUUCAGAUUGAAAUCAAUGGGUGGAGGUGCUACUUCUGUGUUCCUGAGGCCCUAUCAUUCCCACCCCCUUGCUCUGCCAUCCUACAUGGUUGGGAAUGGAUGGGAGUGGAAGCUACUGGUGGAGGUCUGAUUCAUGAGGUGAUGACAUCAUUGAGUAUGUGACUGGUCACUAUUUCAUGCAUAAGUCACUGGAAACGUGAAUGAUAUUUUCAAAGGGGAUCCUUUCCCCUGUAACUUUUAUAGUUUUGCCUGUCCAUACAGCUCCAGUUCAUUAUUGGAUUUGACAAGAGCAUAUAUUGAUUUGCAGUGUUCCAUGGCCACGAGCUGUGAAUUACUCUGGUGUUUAUUCCACGUUCUCCUUACCCUGAUGAUAUAGCAGACUUCAUGUGUUCCAGUUCAGGAGGAUGCAGAGCACUAGUGAGAGGCAGAGGGUUUACCUAAGGUGGAGAGUGGCAGCUGGUUUCUGCCACAAUGACUAGUAUGGGUCAUUUACAAAACUAAGAAGCCUGGAGUGUAGACCAAGUGGAUCCAAAGUUUGAUUAUCCAAUUAUCCCUUUGUCAGCCAUCGGGCCUGGGCUAGGGCCAAAAACAAUCCAGCAUGAUCCUGGUGGCUGCCCAAUGGCACAUUCCGGGAUGUAUGUGGCUGUAGCUGUCAGUGGGAAUGGGACUGUGAUACCACACAUGGCCAGAUAGCUAGCUGGCAAAACAUCUAGACUUAUAAAGGAAUUUGCUAGAAUCUUUAUCCAAGCGAGAACCAAGACUGCAUGAAGGGGUGUGGGUUGGGAUAUCAAUUUCCACCAUACAUUUCAGUGUGUGAGGGGUGCAAGGCUCUCAGAAGUGACUGGGAACUGAACAGCAGAGGGGAGUUCACUUAGUUCUGGAGUUGGAAUUGCUAAGCUUUUUAGAUUGUGAUCUUUCUCAGAUAAUGUGCAAUUGCUGGCCAUUGCCUUUACUUUGUGACAGCAUUCACACCGUUUACAAAAAAUAUUGUGAAGCAAAAAAAAAGAAAAAAAUGUUAAUAUAUUUUGUAUGGAUAUUUGUACCUGACACCGGCUGUAUUCUAGUGCCAUUGAACUUCAUGCCAAAGAUGACAAACUGCAUUAUUAUUGAGUAACUUAUAUAAGUAUUUAAAUGUAAACUCUAGGGUUUGUGUCAAGGCACCAUAUCCUGAGAUUGCUGCAGCAUUCUGUAUGAUAUUCAGUUGUUUGAAAUUAUUGUUGUGAACUCUCAGACACGGGGAUUUUUGUAUUGGAAUGUCAGCACACAUUUCAGUAAUAAAAUCAAAAGUAAAUAUCA